AUGAAAACUAAUUUAGAUUUUGGAUAUGCCAGUAAAUGGGCAAAAUUUAAUUUAAAAUAUCUAGUCGGUGUCUGGCCAGAUAAAAAAAAUUCAGGUGUACUACAAAUAUAUCGUGGUCCAAUAAAUGGUUUAUUAAUUAUAUUUAUUGUUCUUAUACCACGUUUCAUGGCUUUGUCAUUUUAUUGGGAUAAUAUUGACGUUGUUAUUUAUAGUACAACAACAAAUAUAACAUUUAUUAUGGCUGUAUUAAAAAUCACUGUGCUUUAUCUAAAAAAAGAAGUAUUUGUCAAAUUUUUGGAUUCAAUGGUGAGUGAUUGGAAUAAUUCAAUGACUAAAAAUGAAAAAAAUUUGAUGAUUGAAAGUGCAAUAAAGUCACAUAAUAUAUCAAUAACUUCAACAAUUUUAACGUAUUUGUCUUGUCUUCUUGCUACGAUUGUGCAGACAUGGUAUAAUCUUGAAAGUAAACAAAUUAUCGAUCCAGAUCCACGUUUAACAACCAACUUGAUAUGGGUUGUAUUUUUAUUAUAUGAUACAUCAAGUAGAAUAAAUUUCAUUGUAACAUGGUUACUGCAAUUGUACGCAUCGGCAAUUGGAGCUGUUGUCUAUGUUUCAUUUGAUACUUUAAUAAUAAUAAUUGUACUUCAUAUUUGUGCACAAUUAAAAAUUAUACAAUUACGUAUUAAAAAACUUUAUGAUAAUGAGUAUUCAAAAAAUAUUGAUAUUACAAUGAAACUCAUUGAAAAUGUUAAAAAACAUAUACAACUUAAUCGAUUUGCUAAAAAAUGUGAAAAUUGUUGUAAUAUUGUACUUCUUUUACAACUAAUUACGUGGUAUUUUACUUUUUGUUUUCAAGGCUAUGCACUUGUUGAGAGCCAGGCAGUUAGUGACUAUAUGUACUAUAGCAAAUGGUACAAUCAACCAGUAAAAAAUGUACAAAUAACUACGAUAGUUAUGUGUGGAGCAAAAAAAUCACUAAAAUUAACUGCUGGUAAAUUUUUAGUAAUGUCGCAUCCCUUAUUUCUUGAUGUCAUAAAAACAUCACUUGGAUUUUUGUCUGUAUUACUAGCUAUGAAAAAUGGAGAAAGUUAA